AUGGGUUAUAUAAAAGAUUCCCUUCAAUGGGCUCGUAUCGGGACUAUUGCAUUGCUUGUGUUCCUUCUCUCGGCUCACGUUUUUGCGUAUGAAGAACUGUCGAAUGAUACACUUCGCUAUAUUCCUAGCGGCGCUCACGACUUCGACAUCAAGACCGGAUCUCUCUUAUCGCCUAUAUUGAUACCUCGGGUACCUGGCACCCCGGGCUCUAUUGCCGUACAGCAUCACUUUGUAGACUUUUUCUCUCACCAACUUCCAAAAUGGAAUAUCGACUGGCACAACUCGACGGCAAAGACCCCAGCUACAGGUAGCACGGACAUUCCGUUUAAGAAUCUCAUCAUCACCCGCGAUCCGCCCUGGACGCAAGCCGGAGAUGUUGGUCGCUUGACGCUGGUUGCGCACUAUGAUAGUCUCUACCGCCCAGAGGGAUUCAUCGGAGCUACGGACAGCGCCGCUCCCUGCGCCGUGUUAAUGCACGUGGCACGAAGUAUCGAUGAAGCUCUAACGAAGAAGUGGGAAGCUAUGGAGGAAUCUGGCGAUGCCGGUUUGGGCCUAGAGGAAGAAAAGGGCGUUCAGAUUCUACUCCUGGAUGGAGAAGAAGCUUGGGUCAGCUGGACUGACACAGACUCCCUUUAUGGUGCUCGAGCACUUGCGGAAAGCUGGGACUCUGAGUUUCACUCAAGUAGCUCGGCAUAUCGAACCCGUCUUGAUUCGAUCAAUCUGUUUUUACUCAUUGAUCUUCUCGGAGCAGCAGACCCUCAUGUCCCCUCGUACUUCCAAUCGACACAUUGGGCUUACCAAGGCAUGUCCAAGAUAGAAGAGAGAAUGCGGAAACUAGGUCUUCUAAAGACUAAACCGAAAAAUCCAUUCUUGCCGGACUCAGAUAAGCAAGCAUCGCAGUUCACCAAAGCAUACAUCGGGGAUGACCACGUUCCUUUUAUGGUGCGAGGAGUCGAUGUGCUGCACAUUAUUCCUUCGCCAUUCCCGGAUACGUGGCAUACUAUGGAUGAUGACGGCGAGCAUCUAGAUAUAGACUCUUUGGACGACUGGGCAAAGAUAGUUACUGCGUUUACGGCAGAGUGGAUGGAGCUAGAUGCUUUUAUAAGCAAACCGUCUUCGGGGGAGAAGGAGCAAGCUAUUAGGAGCAGAUCGGAAUUAUAA